UUCUCAAAAUUUAGUUGGAUGCAAAUAGUUUUUUCAAAAUUUAGUUGGAUGCAAAUAGUUUUUUCUGAUUAAGCAUAAUGCAGAUGGUUCUAUUGAGAGGUAUAAAGUCCAUUUGGUUGCUAAAUGUUUGCAUCAACAACAUGGGUUCGAUUAUGAUGAGACUUUAGUUUGGUUGUUAAGCCCACUACCAUUCACCUUGUUCUCGUUUAACAGUUACUCAUGGUGGUCCAUUCGUCCAACUACCGGGUUUUGUGGAUCCUCAACGCCCUCAUAAGGUUUGUAACUUCCUUAAGGCACUCUAUGGUCUCAAUCAGGCUCCCCGUCCUUAGUUCCAGCGCUAAGUACUUGUAUCAUCUGUCAUGGUUUUGUCCAAAGCAUGACCGAUCCUUCUCUCUUCACUUUUCAUUGUUUUACGACUCAUCUUAUCACUUUAUGUGGAUGACAUUGAUGACAUUGUUUUGACUGGGAAAUCAUACAAUUACAAUUCUACACAUUCCUUUAGUUUUAACUUCAAGUUUUUAAAAAGUGAAAAGGAGAAAGAAAAUGGUUAUCAAUCAACUCCCUUGUUAAUUCUAAUUGGUCAUGCAACAGGUGUCAAUUAAUGCAAUAUUUGUUAAAGAAAGAAAAACCUCUCACAUCAUCAAAAAACUGACAGCACAAAUUAUAAUACAAAAUAAACAUUUCUACUUCUAGUUGAAUUGAAGUCUUUUGUGUUACAGCUUCACAAUUGUUGUGUUAGUAGAUGGUAGACAAUGACGGAGCUAAGAAUUUUUCACCAGAUGGGCUAGCCCUUAACAUGGCUCCGCCGGUUGUGGGAAGUUGGGAUCUUAUCGUUGAGGGAUGAAAAUGUUGGUCCGACAUAUAAAAUCUUAAACACCAUAAUAUUUGAACAAAUACAAAACUUUAAAAAAGGGCCUCCACCAAUGGGCAAAACAAUUAAAAUAUAGCUAUAGAAAACAAAAUAUAUAUUUUGGAUGCUUCAAGAGUUCCACUAUAUAAUGCCUCCCUGCCCUUCAAGCUUUGAUAUAUACAGCGAACAAUGGCAAGGGUCGGUACAAUAAUAUUUCUCAACCUUUUGUUCAUAGCAUGCUUGUCCACGCCAUUAAUGGUACAGAGCGCCAUUGAAAACCCUAGGGAGAACAUUGACCAAUGGUAUCAAAACCUCUCCCAUGCACAACAGAAGCUGACCAUGCUGCACUUCUACUUGCACGAGGUCGUUUUCGGCCCGCACCCGACCUUGGUGACGGUGGCCAACGCAUCCAACACCUCCACAUCACUACCCUACUUCGGCCUAGUCAACAUCUUCGACAACCCCUUGACCAAGGGACCCAAACCCGGUUCCAAGCUGGUGGGUCGGGCGCAAGGGCUAUAUGGGUUUAGCUCACAGGAGGAAGUGAGCCUGCUUACGGCUAUGAACUUUGUUUUCACGAGUGGGAAGCACAGCGGCAGCAGUCUCACCGUUUUGGGGCGGAACCCGAUUGGGCAGUCGGUAAGAGAGUUGCCCAUCGUCGCCGGAACCGGUGUUUUCCGGUUGGCGCGUGGAUUUGCAUUGGUCAAGACUUAUUUCCUUGAUACUAGUGGUGCCAUUGUUGAAUAUAAUGUUACAAUUUUGCAUUAUUGAAUGAGAUUUGUGGUGUAAAUCGUGGGUUUGUGUUUGGACUUUGCUUUCAGACCGUGAAUUUUUCAUAUUUAGUUCAUUUGUGUUUAUUUUGUCAUUCCCAUUAAAU